AUGAAGAGAGCAGUGCGCCUCAAAACGGAACUUUUGCUUUUUGAGAGGAGUGGCGUUUUGUACCCUUUUUUUUCAGUUACUAGGGCAGGUAGUCAUUGAUAUAUGAAUUAUUUUCAAACGUGGAGGAUAACCAUACCGAUGUAACUACAAUAUAUUGGAUUAUUACUUCUGACUUGACAGUGAACGAAUUGUUUACAUCAGUUCAGUGGAAAGCAUCUGGCUGGCCGAGGAGACCCAACAUAACCGAACUAAACCGCAGUUGCUGAAAAUGUUCUCUAAGGAUGGAUGCCUGGCUGUGUGUACAGUGAUAUUUAUUCUGUCAUCAAGUGAGGCUAGAGGUCCACCGUGGGUGAGUCGUCAGGUGGAGGAGCGUCAGACGGCCAGGCUGGGGCGGACGGUGCGGCUUGCUUGCCCCGUAGUGGGUGACCCUCCUCCCCUGGUGCUGUGGGUGAAGGAUGGGCGUAACGUCCACCCGGGCUGGAGCCGCUACCGGGUGCUGAAACAGAGCCUGAAGAUCAAAGAGGUGGAGCUGGGGGACGCGGGGGUUUACAUGUGCCGCGUCACCAACGGCUUCGGAAGCAUCGCUCUCAACUACACCCUCAUCGUCAUGGAUGACACAGCAGCGAGCCAGACAGACGCUCCACCUGCCAUAGUGGAAUCCAAUGCUGAGCUCACCCAGCUUGACCCUACAGGAGAGCCCUGGGUGAAGCCUCGGUUUAGUCAGCCCACUAAGAUGCGCAGGCGGGUGCUGUACAAGCCGGUGGGCAGCUCAGUGAGGUUCAAGUGCCAGGCCAGCGGCACCCCUCCCCCCAUCAUCACCUGGUGGAAGGACCAGACCCCUCUGCCACCCCCGCGCCAGGGCAAGCGCCCCCAGUGGACCCUCACCCUAAAGAACCUGCAGCCCCAGGACAGUGCCAAGUACACCUGCCAUGUCUCCAACCCAGCCGGGCACAUCAACGCCACCUACAAGCUGGAUGUCAUCGAGCGCUCUCAUUGCAAGCCUGUUCUGACCGGCACCCACCCGGUCAACACCACUGUGGAGUAUGGUGGCACCGCCUCCUUCCAGUGUAAGGUCCACAGUGACGUGAAGCCUGUGGUCCAGUGGCUGAAGAGGGUUGACGCAGGCACAGAGGACCGCUAUAACUCCACCUUGGAAGUCGGAGGGCAGCAUUUUGUGGUUCUGCCCACGGGGGACGUGUGGUCCCGGCCUGACGGCUCCUACCUCAACAAGCUGGCUAUCAUCAAGGCCCGUGAUGGGGAUGCUGGGAUGUACAUUUGCCUGGGAGCGAACACAAUGGGUUACAGCUUCCGCAGUGCUUACCUCACUGUGCUGCCAGACCCUCAGGUGGAGAACACAGUGACUCCUCCACACCUGAGCUCCGGCCUGCCCUGGCCUCUGAUUAUCGGCAUCCCUGCAGCAGCCCUCCUCAUCGUAGGCACCAUUGUACUCUGGCUGUGCCACAGCCGCCGACGCCACAACACCUUGCCACCCCGCCCCAUGACCAUGGUCCACCGAGACCAACACAUCUCGGACAAAGAGCCCAGCACCAACACCCCCUGUAAUGCCCUGAAUAGCCCUGACUACCCCAGCCAUAGACUGGUGGGCCUGGGAGCCCCAGUCCUUAGUGGGCCCCCUAAGAUUUACUCCAACGUUUACACAGACAUGCACUCGCACACACACUCCCACGCCCAUAUGGAUGGUAAGGUCCAUCAACACCAGCAUUUCCACUACCAGUGCUAACCAGCCCCCUCUCAUCCCAGCCCCCUCUCAUCCCACCCCACACCUACGGCCUUGUCUCCUAGCCACUGCUGCUAUUCCCACCCAACAAUGGACUAUGAGCAAGGUAGAUGGAAACUAGGAAAGGCUUGUAGUUCAUAUGAACUACACCUCCCAUGAUAAGCAGUGCUAAAACCCUUACCUGGGAUAGACAUAUUACUAAGCUGCCUGCUUUGUAGGAAUAGCGCUUCAUUGAGAAGUCUCAGGGCAAGAAAUACCCUCUCACAUGUGUGCUAGAGUCAUUUCUUUAUUAUGUGUUUUUAUACUAGACAACCAAGAGCAAACUCUAAUUGUACUUUAAAGGAUGAAAAUUACUUACAACAAAUAUUUAGAUGUCUUUGGAUGCAUGUUGCCCUGGAUAAAUCAUUAAUUAGUUCAUAUGAGAUAUUACCAGGUUUAGGUUCAAUUUAGAUCAACUGAAAUUUGAUUAAAGGUGUUCCAAUUUACACAAAUGAACAUUUCUAAUAGAAUUAACCCCAACUCUGGAAUGUACAAUUGUAUUUUUUUUAAACAUUCAUCUAAACAUGUACCGGUAUCCAAACUCCCAAAGCAUUAAGUAAUAUAAGGAACUUUUACGUUUGUGUAAAUUGGAAAAUGUAACUGUGACAAUUUAAAAUCUAGACAAAAUGUUUACAAAUGUGAAAGCUUUUCUAUUCUCAUUAUAGCAACACAAACUAUGCUGUUCUCGGUUCUGAUUAGGUGGUAUUAUUUUUGUUUCAUGUAGGGAAGUACAAUUCAUCAGGGAAAUUAGAUGGAUUUGGUGAUGAGGGCUUUUUUAUUUUUGUAUUCAGAUAUUGUAUAUGUAUCCAACUAAAAAAAGCAGUAUUAUUAGUUGUAUUAUUCACCCUAUAUGUGUAAGAUGCCAAAUGAUUUUACAGCGCUAUAGAUGUGUAUUUGACUUACAUUUCUUGUGAGGUAUAUUUUUAUAUAAGGUACAUGAGGAUGAGUAUUGUACCUGUGUCUAUUGGUUUUUAAAACUCACCAAAAAGCUAUUUAGUUGUUUUUACUUUAUUCUUCUAUUUUUCUUUUGGUAACAACCAUUAUUCCAGAUUGGAUUGACCUAUGGGUCAUUUAGUGAAAAAUGACAAGUGUUGAUUGUAUUGUUAAGUUGAAUUACAACUUUAUGCUGACCUAGUUGUCUCAUAUUUGAUUAAGAAUCUGACCAUAUGAUGUAUACUGUAUAUAAGAUAACGAUUACAAAGAAAAUGUAACAGUCAUUCCCCCUCAUGUCAUAGGUCUAGUCCUCAAGUGGUUUAGAAUUGCCAUGUUAAUCUUAUGCAAUUCCUCUGUGAAACAUUGCAUGCUGCAACUCACCUCUGGUGCUCAUGUACAUUUAGUACUGUACAAUAAUAUUUUUGUAAUAAAAUUUUGUUUUUUUAAUACUG